AUGACUACCAUCGAACGCUUCGAUAAGAUCUUGUAUGAGCAUUUACAACCCGAAACGUGAGUACCUACUUCCCACAUUACUCAACGCCGUACGACGAGAGCUCCACCGUCGACGUUCACCGCACUUCGGAGCGCCUUUCGGCGAGGGGCGAUACGAUACGAUGUACAUUCGAUCGCCCAAUCGCCGUGGGAGUCAUCGAGGCACGUGCACGAGAAUUCUCAGCUGACUCUUUUCAUUUUACGCUCUCUUCGGUACUUGGUACUUGAUACAGUGAAUGGACUCGAUUGGGCCGUGGUUCGUUCGGAUGCGUGUACAAGGGCGAAUACCUGGGACUCGAAGUGAGUUGGCCGAGGCUCCUGAACGGACGAGGACAGAGUGGCGCCUCGGAGGGCGGUGCGAGAUAUUCAGGGUGAUUGCCUUUGGUGCUUCGAGUGGUCGCUAAAUUAUGGUGUUUUCGAUUCCCGAUUGACUCUAGGUCGCGAUUAAGGAAGUCUUGCCCAGCGGUGAAUACGAUGUUGACAAGUAUUUCAGGCGCGAGUGCAAGAUCAUGGCCGAGGCGAGACAUCCUAACAUUGGUCAGUUAUAUGACCUGUGAUCCAGUCAUUCCGAUGUUGACUACACAGUCACUCAUCCCAUAUAAUCUUCGAGACAGUCCAAUACCUCGGACUCUGCCUCGCCCCUCCCGACCCACCUCGAUACGACGGUGAUGCCGCCUCUCGACAACGAAUCCUCAUCAUCUCCGAAUAUCUCCCUCGCGGCAACCUGCGCCAAUACAUCGACGAUCGCUGCCUCCCCUUCCCCUGGCGUCUCCGUCUCUCCUUCGCCAUAGACGUCGCUCGAGCGGUCGCCUACCUCCAUUCACGUCAAUGCUUGCACCGUGAUUUGAAAGGAGAGAAUCUGCUCUGUACGGCGAAUGAACGACUCAAGGUGUGCGAUUUCGGUUUCGCGAGGUUGGCGGCGCAGACGGAUGAGGAAAUGAAGAGGAUGAGUUAUUGUGGUACAGAUGGGUACAUGAGUCCCGAGAUCUUGUUGGGUGACGAGUUUGGUUUGCCGACGGAUAGUGAGUGCUGGGGCUCUGCGUAUCAUCGUGUCGGGGGAGGGCGUCCGCUCACCGUGUGAUUUGGGUCGUCUUGGCAGUUUUUUCGCUGGGUGUCAUUUUCAUCGAGAUCUUGUCAAGGCAGCUGGUCAACAACGAAAUCUUUCCGGUGAGUCUCAAAUGCCUCUUCGAGCUCCGUCCGACACAGACUGCGCUUACCCCUAUACUACGCUCUCUCAGCGCCUCAUGCCAACCUUCGGUAUCGACCCCUUGGAAGUGCGUGAACGAGCAUCGCUCGGUCACCCACCCGACUUUCUCGACCUCGCUCUAGAAUGUCUUCGACUCGAUCCGACGCGUCGACCCAGUGCGCUGGACGUACUAAGUCGUCUUCGUCGAAUCGAGACCCAAGUCCUCGCGGCCGAAGCGGAAGAGCUGUCUAAAUCGUCGACGAUCGGUGGUGGUCGCAGUGGCAGUGGCAGUGGAUCACUGAACGUGGGAAGUUUGUCGUUCUCGGGUACGAUCAAAAGAGGUUCGGUCGCUCGAUGGGUCGGUGCGAGGGUCGAGGAUUCGAGGUCGCUCGAUCGACCGGCGGGUCCACCUCGUUUACCGAGUUGGGAUGGACAGGUCAAGGUGCCUAAAACUCGGACGGGCAGCCGGGUCUCGGAUUCGCAGGGGCAAUCAGGUGUGGUUGGCUCCUCGAUCCUUCGUGAGAAUAUGGCGAAGGGUGUCGAGGCGCAAGAGGUUCAAGACGAAGAAGAAACCACCGAUGAGCUCGACGACAUCAAUUUACUCGAUCUGGCUGACAUGGGAUCCGAUGGACCUCAUCAUCGAGGUGGGGCUGGUCUUGAACUCGACAGUGAUCACCUCUACACCGGUUCCGAAUUUAACCAAGAAUGGAAGUCUCACGAAAGAAGUUCCUUCCUCUGCCAAGGACAACGGCAGGCGGAAUGGUCCACCUUGACCGUCAAAGCGCCGCCGCUGAAAAUGACUGCGCAGAGCGAUGGUCGGGUGAGAUCGUCGACGAUGGCAGCGUCGUCGUCGGGUUCGUUGGCGUCUUUGCCUGCUUCGUGGUUGGCUCAGCAGCGGAAACAGGUGGAUUUGGGACCUUUGAUCAAUACUUGGGUUCAGGAAGGGCAGGGCUCGGGGAUGUCGGAGCGUUCGGAUGGGCCCGGUUCGGAGAUCGUAAGUGAGAAAAUGAUCCCCGCUGAGCCUCAGGUGAGGGUCAAAGCGCAAGAACAAGCGGAAACAUCCGGCGGCGAGGUGUUCCAUUCGACCAUUCAAGGCCACGCGCAAGACUUUGCCUCGGCUCGAUCAAGUGACCUCCUCCCAACCUCCUCGUCCUCGCUCAUGUUGAUCGCCCAACCCCAUCGUUUCACUCUCAUCAAACCGGGAUUCCAGAAAGUUUUGGUUGCCUUGUUGACCUACGGCCAAGCACCACCUCCUACGAUCGAGCCUUCCAAACCGACGAAACUCUUGGCCUUCGUUUCGGGCUCAAAACCGAAACAGUCGAGACCUCAGACGACGAAUCUGCGAUCUUCGCCGAUGGUGGGGGAGGAUAAGUGCGCUUAUUGCGAGAAGGGUUUUGGGACGUUCGGUUGGAGGGCUUAUUUGGAGUGUGAUGAUUGUACGAUCAAGUAAGUGAUCCUUUUCCUCUGGCCAGAUGGGCGCAAGGGUCUCUGAUGGACCACAAGAGCGCAGAAGUUGACUUUUUCAUUCUUUACCCGUUUCGCCUACCUUGCCUUCUCAAGAUGCCACAUCAAGUGCUCCGAUGAGAUGGACCUCGAUUGUCACCAGCAUGGAGUAACCACACCAGCUCAAUCAGUAACCAACUCAUCUCUCUCGGCAAAGCUUCGAACGCCGUUGAGUCCCCUGAACGGUGGUGGGCCGAAAGGCAAGUUAUCGUCUGCGCGAACGAAGUGGACCGAGUAUGUCGGACAAGCAACGGAUCGGGUUGUCGAAUGGACUUAG